GAUGUCACUUCCACUCAUACUUUCUAGAUCAACAUGAUGCAAAGAAUAAUUUUGGGUAAUAGAAAGGUAAGAAUCUUCAAGGAUGCUACUGUUCAAAAGUCUCUACAGUCGUCAUGGUAGUCUAUAGUAGACUGGAACACAGUGAAAACGUUGAGCUAUUCUUAUGCAUCGAUUAUUAGUCAAAUGGACCUAGGUUUCACAUGGGCUAUAACAGUAAGUACAAUGAUUGUAGUAUUGAUGUUCAUGGUGGUGGAUGAGGACUCAAUAGUUCAGAGAACAGUUGUUGCAGUCAAGAGGUACAUAUACAUUUUGAUUUUUCCUAGCAGAUUUCAAUUGAUGCCCAAGCCUCUUUGGCAUCAGUAAGAUCAGAUCCAUAUCAUAUAUUUUAUAUUUUUUUUCUCUGUAGUCAUUCCCAUGUUCUUUAUGUCGGUUAUUUCACAUGCUCUGUAGCGGAUGGAAGCUGUAUGUCUUGUCUCUAUUGAUAAAGACCAGACCCACAUUCUACAUUUUCGUCUCUGUCACUAAUGUAACCUCUUCAUGAUGAGGACAUAAGAUACCCAUUAGAGAGUUCAAAUACUCAAGUGCUUCUUUUAUGGGCUCUCAAGGAGGACAUAACCUUGUGAUUGUGCUGUUGUCAUUCAUUGUGCUUUUUGUGAUUGAGAGCUCGUUGAGUUCCAAUGAGGAGCAGAUCUUUAUCAUCUCUAAAGCAGGGAUAAAUGCAAGAAAGUGCUGAAUAAUGCAAUGCUUUAGUUGGUAUCAGAGAAUGGUAUAUUUUUGUUAGUAACUGCGCUUCAGCUCUUCAGUUUUUGAAAGAAAUUUCAUAACCUAAGCUUGCAUUGGACCCAAUAGUGAACACUCGACGAAGCAGCUAAAACCCAUGGAUAAGCCAAAGAGAGGUUCAUCUAGUCCGUUAAUACCUUUAAGCCCAAAGCAUUCCAAAAGCCCUCCUUCAUCUGCAACUCAUGUAGAUAAUAGAAUGCACAAGAACCUAACCAGCGUAUCUUGCAUGGAGAGCCCAUCAAACAGUCCAAAACCUUCUUCACAGUCAGGGCGUUUAGGUAUUCACAGGCAUUCAAUUGCUUCUGAUGUAUCCAAUAGCUUUGUGAAUGGACAUAAUAGGUCUACACGAAGAUCUAAGGAAUCCUUCUCGGACAGAGUUUCAAAUGUAUCUGCUUGCAGCUCAGCUAGGUCUUUUGACAGCAGGAAAACAAAUGAAACAAGUGUAUUGGAGCCAAGGAAAUCAUUUAGUCAUUCUCCUGUGAAGUUUCCUGAUAAAGUUAUGAGGAGGGUUUCUAGCAGCCCUCUGAGUCAACAGCAACAUUCCAGCAGCAGGGUCUCCCAUAAUUCAACAACUAAAGCUUCACUAAGAAUUCCUAAGAAGAGCAGUGAUGAGGUUUCUGAGACUGGAUGUACUGAUACAACUCCAAGAAUGGUUAGGAGGAGUCAUGAAAAGCCUCCACGGGCUUCUUUUGAUAAAAAUCUCAACAAGCAGGAAGUGUCGAGGAAAGCAGUAAUCGAGAAAGAAAUUGAAAAUGGGAGUUUUCUACUCCCAGACAACAAUGCACAAUUUAGUUCGGACAAUAUAGAAGUAGGACUUCUCCUUCUAAAGAUGGCUCAAGCACUUCACACCUCUGGUGAGAAUCCAUUGAAGGCCAGGUUUUAUGCCCUAAAAGCAGCAGAGUUCUUUGAGAACUUCACAAAUUCUGAUGUUACUCUUGAGCUUGUUAUUAGCCUCCAUCUUCUGGCUGCAUCUUGCUGUAAGCUUGGGCAGUAUGAGGAAGCCAUUCCAGUACUUAAGAGAUCCCUUUCCAUCUUUAGUUCUGAAAUUGAUCCUGAGCAUGCUCUUGCAGCCUUUGCUGGGUAUAUGCAACUUGGGGACACUUAUUCUUUGGUGGGUCAGUACGAAAAUGCUCUGAAUUCUUAUCAUGCAGGACUCGAAAUUCAGAAGCUAGUUUUGGGAGUGAUGGAUCCUCAAGUUUCAGAAACUUGCAGAUACAUUGCAGAGUCGCAUUUGCAGGUUAUGCAGUUCGCAGAAGCAGAGGAGCUAUGUGACCAAGCUCUGAACAUUCAUGGUGAAUGCAAUACUACUGGUACAUUGCAAGAAGCUGCAGACAGAAGGCUAAUGGCAUUGAUUCUUUCAGGGAAAGGUGACCAUGAGGGAGCAUUGCAGAAUCUUGUUCUGGCCAGUGCAGCUCUGUUAGCAAAUGGAAAAGAGAUUGAAGUAGCAUUUGUGGACUGUAGCAUUGGAGAUUCUUAUGUAGCUCUAGGUCAUCAUGAUGAAGCCAUAUUUUCUUAUCAUAAAGCACUUUCAGUCUUCAAGUCUGAGUAUGGAGAAGGGCAUACCACAGUAGCCUCUGUGUACGCAAGCCUUGCUGAUCUCUAUUUGAGAACUGGAAAAUUUAAUGAGUCUAAGAACCACUGUGAAAAUGCCUUAAUCAUUUAUGGAAGACAAGGGGCUGCUCACUACAGUGAUGAAAUUGCUACAGGAUUGACAGAAAUUGCUGGGCUGUUCGAAUCUAUGGGUGAAAAUAAACAGGCACUUAGUCUACUACAAAAAGCUCUUGAAAUUAUGGAAAACACUCCAGGGCAGCAGAGUGCAGUAGGUGGCAUUGAGGCUCAGAUGGGAGUCUUAUUCUACCUGACCGGAAAAUAUGAGGAAGCCUACAUGGUUUUCAAUAAAGCGAUAUCAAAGCUUAGAUUUGGUGCCAGUAAAAAGACAUGGCUCUUAGGAAUGCUUUUGAAUCAGAUGGGAUUAGCUUGUAUUGGUCUCAAUGCGAUAUGGGAUGCAGCUGAGAAUUUUGAAGAAGCUAGGAGUAUCAUGGAAGAGAUUUGUGGUCGUCACCAUGCUGAUACAUUGGCUAUUAGCAGCAAUCUAGCUGGAACAUAUGAUGCAAUGGGAAGGGUGGAGGAUGCAAUAACUUUGCUGGAAGAUAUUCUUGAGGUGAAAGAAGACAGACUGGGUACAGUACAUCCAGAUGUUGAAGAUGAAAGACAGAGGCUUACAGAGCUAUUAAAGGAAACUGGCCGAUCCCGUUCAAAAAGAACACAUACACUCCAGGACCUUCUUUUAUUGUCAACCAAACACAGUUCUAGAUUUCAAGGGAAUGUAACUCCUGUUCGAUAAAUGCUCAAAGGAGCUUUUGAGUCUUCGACAUUAUAUUUUGUAAAUUUUAGAAUUAAAUGAGAGAUGAAGGAUUACAUGGUUUGACAAGACCAUUCAAACAUCUUAUCAUUUCCUUUCUUUCAUAAGGUAUUAUUGAACUAAACCAGCCUACAUCCUAUUCUCCUCGCUGUAGAAUAUAUUUACAGUAAGUAGGAAGCUCUGGUGUAAAACCCAUCAAAUUAUUGUAUAGCAUAAACUCUUGUUUCCCGAUUUAAGCCUAUGGUGGUGACUACCACUGUCUGUAUGUUGGUUGUGAAGAACACAUAUGCUAGAAAGAGUUAAAGGGUAGAGGUAUUUGCUCAUUAGAUACUUUUCCACAUGUUUCUAAAUUGUCUGUCAACUGGUAAUGACUCUUUGUCAAAUUGAAGUAGCUAGGAUUUCAAGUAAUCUAAAAGUCAGAUUGAGUAAUAAAAUAAAUCCAACUGAUGCAAUGAGAAGGCCCUCUCCAUUUAUGAGA